AUCGCGUAGUCGUGGCGGUACGCGGGCAACUUCAGGUGAUCGGAUUGCACUGUCGCGUCCUUUGACACGCUUAACCGCUUACGAGGAGCGAUUUCACCACCGUUUCAUCGUUGACGUCCAAGUCGUCUUACCAUGCCAAGUGUUUACAGAAAAUCACGCAAAUUAUGUCGUAGGCGAUACGCGCGUUUUUAGUAUAUCACGAAAUCAAGAGCUGGGGGCUGGUUGCCCGUGUGUAUCCCUAAAGAAGCGAUCUACUGUGUUGUGCACCUUCAUCGGAUAUAUUUGCUUUAUUGAUAUUUUGAGUGCCACGGGCCCUGCGGUGCUUAUGCAUAUCUCGAGAAUUUGGACUGUGUUUUAGAAUACGUUAAGGAUAAAAUAUUUGCUACAUUUGGUUGGUUCAUAUAGCAGCCACCAUGUCGGAAAUUGUGUACCCACAAGGAUGUAGGUCAGUCACUGAAGAUUUAGGUCCAGAUGAGUUAAUAAGAAGACUUAAGACACUGGCACAUACAUUACAAGCCAUGGGACAAGAUGAAGGAAUGUACCAGCAAUACAUUCCACUUGCAUUACAUUUGGCAGAGGAACACUUUCUUAUGCAUCAGAGCAAAGAUGUGCAACUACUUAUUGCCUGCUGUAUCGCUGAUGUCCUAAGAGUGUAUGCUCCAGAAGCCCCUUACAAAGAUGCCGAUCAGGUCAAAACAAUAUUUCUAUUUCUUAUUAAACAACUGGCGGGUUUGAAAGAUCCAAAGGAUCCUGCUUUCAAGAGGUAUUUCUAUCUGCUUGAGAAUUUAGCUUAUGUAAAAUCAUUCAACAUGUGCUUUGAGUUAGAAGAUUGUCAAGAGAUCUUCUGUGCACUAUUCUCCCUCAUGUUUCGGAUAGUCAACGAUGAGCAUUCUGGCAAAGUUAAAAGUUUUAUGCUGGAUGUUUUAUGUCCAUUGAUCACCGAAUCGGACAUCGUCAGUAAUGAACUUUUGGAUAUCAUAUUAAUGAAUAUUGUAGAGCCAAAUAAGACGCAGAAGAAAAAUGCGUAUUUGCUCGCUAAAGAGCUGGUAAUAAAGUGUAGCGAUACGUUAGAACCAUAUAUACAAGCGUUUUUCAAUCAUGUUUUAAUACUGGGCAAAGAAGAGAAAAGUUUGCAGAUUUGCAAAAAGGUGUACGACCUGAUUUAUGAGUUGAAUCAUAUAUGCCCGAGUGUCUUGCUGUCCGUCCUGCCGCAGCUAGAAUGUAAGCUGAAAUCUUCUUCCGAGACUGAAAGAUUAGGCGCUGUGGCACUACUUGCGAGAAUGUUCUCCGAGAAAGGCUCGCAGUUAGCAGUACAGCAUAGCCAGUUGUGGAGGGCAUUUCUAGGACGAUUCAACGAUAUCAGCGUAUCCAUACGUAUUAAAUGCGUACAGUAUUCGAUGCACUUUUUGUUGAAUCACCCCGAACUGAGGAAGGACAUCACGGAAACUCUGAAGAUGAGGCAACAUGAUGCUGAUGAGAGCGUCCGCUAUGAAGUCGUUAUGGCUAUAGUGACAACUGCCAGAAAAGACUUUGAAGUAGUCUCAGACAGUGAGGAUUUGCUUGAAUUUGUGAAAGAAAGAACUUUAGACAAAAAGUUCAAAAUACGAAAAGAGGCAAUGUCCGGCUUGGCUAUGAUAUACAAGAAACACUUAAACGACGCGGACGUGCCGCAAGCCACGAAAAAAGCGGUAACCUGGAUUAAAGAUAAAAUAUUGCACGGGUAUUAUAUGGCAGGCAUGGAAGAUAGAUUGUUAGUAGAGCGACUGUUGAAUACGUGCCUAGUACCUUAUCAGUUGCCAGCUGAAGAGAGAAUGAAGAAAUUAUAUCAUCUAUUAGGUACAAUCGAUGAUCACGCUUCCAAAGCUUUCGUGGAACUCCAGAAACAUCAGCUUGCCGUACGAAGAGCAGUGGUCGAGUGGUUAGACUUCGUGAAAAAAUCGGAUAUUACAAACGAGCUGGUAACAAAGGUUCAUCAGAUAUCACGCUUUUUGCCGGACCCCACGAAAGUGCAAGAAUUUCUUCAAAAGUUUAGCGGCCACAUGAGGAAGGAUCCCAUUUUGUUGCAAGGAAUGGAAACAAUCGUGCAACCAAAUGUCUCUUGCAAAGAAUGCGCUGACACAAUAAGUAUGGUCCUUAAAAAGUUAGGACAGCCUGUUAUGACCAAUUUGUAUUACAACACGAUUAAAAUGCUCCUUGAGAGAGUAAGCUCCGUUAUGAUCGACGAAGAAGCGAUUCGAGUUUUGAUCGGGUACGUUUUGGAUUGUCUGAAAGGAGGCAACGUGAUAGAAGAGGUUGGUCUCAAUCCAAACAAUGCUGGGGAAAAGGGAUUAAGAUUACUUGUGAUGCUUUCGUUUGUAUUUGGCCCACAUUUCCUACACAAUGACAUUUUGAUGCAACUGGUUCAUCUGUUAGAGUUAGAGGACGAGAUGGUAGGGCCAUUGGUCCUCUCAAUCUUCACGUUCCUCGGCAAAUAUAAACCUCUAUGUGACGUAGCGCCAGACAUCAUGAAUCUCAUGGUGCCGAUAUGUAAAACCUUUGCCGAGACGGGCACGCCGAAGCAAGCAAAGCAGGCCGUGCGAUGUUUGUUCGUUAACAUGACAAACAUACACGAUACCAUUUUCCCCGAAAUCAUCGAGAGAAUUAAGAACACUCUAACACCGACAUCGGAGUACUAUCGAACGUCUAUAGUCACAUUAGGUCACAUAGCGUAUAAUUUGCCAGAGAAAUAUCAAGUACAAAUAAAGAAUAUGGUGUCCAGAAAAAUAGUUAAAGAGUUACUAGUGAAGGAGAGCAGCGAACAAAACGCCAUUGCAGUCGACGGAGAUUGGUGCAGGGAAGAUCAAUUGCCAGAGGAAACGCGAUGCAGACUGGAGGGAUUGAAAUGUAUGGCGCGUUGGUUGCUGGGACUGAAAACCGAUGUAUUGUCGGCGCAAAAGACGUUCAGAAUGCUGAACGCCUUUGUAGUGAACAAGGGAGAUCUGCUGCAACAGGGACGUCUCAGCAAAGCCGAGAUGAGUUGGCUGCGGCUGCAGGCGGGUUGCUCGAUGUUGAAGAUAUGCGAGCAGAAAGGCGUCGGCGAUCAGUUUACUGCGGAACAAUUCUAUAAUCUUUCGCAACUCAUGGUGGAUGAAGUUCCCCAAGUUAGAGAAGCCUUCGGCAGUAAAUUGCAUAAAGGUCUUGGAAGAGGGAUUCCGAACAAAUGUCUGCCAUUAGAUUUCAUGGGGUAUUACGCCUUGGCUGGUAAGGAACAGGACAAAAGGUUAAAGUGUGUAUUGAAAACGUAUAUGCAGACGGACAUAAACAAAAGAAGGGAUUACGUGAAAACACUUUCUUUGGGUACCGUUGAACGAGCCAUGGGUCAACUGCCCCAUAUUUUGCCAGAUUACAUGCUAGUUUUCGCAGUACCUAUUCUCGCACACGAUCCCGAAUUCACGAGUCACUCGAUGAUAAGCCAAUUAAAGAUCAUUCAACAAUGUCUCUGGUUCAUCUUGGAACCUCUCAUCACGAAGAACGAAUAUUAUUGCUACGGAUUUUAUAAAAAUCUCGUGGAACGUAUGAAGAGUCACAAAGACGCGUUGAAACCUGAGGACAACGACAUGAACUAUAAACUAUGGACUGUCUGUGACUUGGCGAUGAAUGUAAUAUACACAAAAACCACCAAUUUCGACAUGAAGGAGUUCCCCAGCGAGACGCGAAUUCCUACAAUGUACUUCAAACGUACAGCGGACGAGAUGGUGAGCAACACCAAAAAUUACUUACCUGCGGAAAUGCAAGUGAACAUGACUACUCAGAAGGGCAAAGGAUCAUUCCACAAUACGCACUCAGUUAGCGACAGACCACAGCGCAGGACUAAGUCCAAACAACAGAAAGAAAUAGGCAUCGGACCUAACGAAACAGAUGCAAGGCUACAAGUUGGAGAAGUGGAAUGUAUCGAUGCACAGCCUGCCGAAGCAUCAGAAACCAGAAUUCAACUACCUGGCUUGGAAGAAGAGAUUGAGGAACCACCGGCAAAGAGGGCAUUACGGGAAUCAGACAAAGUAAAUAAAUAAUUCAGUGAUUGAUUGAAAUAUUAUAUGCUGGGGAUAAUGGGAUGGGGAAAGAGACAUAAAGAGCGCGAUGACGAAAAAAAAAUUAAAGAAUCUAAAAGAUACUUUACAAAUUAGAAAACAGAAUAUUUUGGUUAUGUACAAUUAAUAAACCUAAGUCGUUCGUGUAUUUCUAGGAUAUAAGAUGUUAAGAUUAUGACACAGUAACGUCAGAUGAUAAUUAACGCGUGUAGGCUUGCAAUCCAGAAAGUUCAUCGGACUUGCAACUUAUGGGUAAAAAGGAAAAACGCAAAAAGAAACGAAGAGUCUGUUACUUUCUCACAAAGAAUAUAUACAGACUCACGAAUGCGUUUAUUUCGUUAUAAAAAAGUCGAAAUAUACGAAUGCGUUUAUUUCCUGUUACUUUUAUGAAUUAUACGACGCAUCACAUAACUAACGGUGUAACAAAAGUAAUUUUUUCAAAUGGCCGUGUAACCGUGUAGAGUGAACAUUUUUACAAAGCAUGCUACCGAUUCCUUGGAUUGAAGCUCUUAUUCAUUAUUACAUUGUUCAUUUUUGCACUAUAUAAAAUGGAUGAAAAAAUUUUUUUGUCUUUGCGAAUGCUGUCGCGUCGUUGUUUUGCAGAUAAAAAUAGCAUUCAGUUUAGACAGCAAGCAUAUAUAUAUAAAUAUAUACAUACAUAAACAAUAUUGUCAACAUAUUUUAUUGACAAAUGAAUAAAGCAAAUCCAUUUUUUUCUGCAAGAGAAGUAUAUUCAGAUGUAUCAAAUAUAUCGUCACUUUAUAAACUGCAAAGGAAAAUACUAUAGUUUUGUUGCGUAAACAAUACAUAUUAGAUUAAAAAUCGUGUGACUGUCGCGUUUACGAUCCGAGAUCGUUGGUUUUUAAUAAUACGAGUAUCGUCAUUAUCGCCACAGUCUUUAGCCGUAAUUAUUGCCAGGAUUUAUACGAAUACAAUCAUUUUUUCAAGGGAAAUGUAUUUAUAGAUUUGACGAUAAGACUUCAAACUCUCUCUCUGAAUAUUACAACUUUGUGUUUACAAAAUGUUCUGUUUUAUUUACCAGCGAAUGUUCGUGUCGAUUUGAUUAGUUCGAUAAAUAAUAAUUAUUUUUUUGUUAAAAAAUAUUUUAAUGUUUAUAUUGACAAUCUCUUCUCUUAUAAACAGCAUGCAUCGGUACGGAGAAACAUCGAUAUUAAAUCAAAUUGAUCUUCUAUAAGGAGUUAAUCGAAAUCUGGAUGUUUGAGAUAUUCAUUUUUUUACACGUUACCGUUAAUAUUUUCUAUUUCAAUUUAUAUAAUUCACUAUCCCUUUAUUGCAAGAUCGUCUGUUAAGUCGAAUUUGUAUCCAAAAUUCUUCUAUACCUGCAAUUAAUUGAUGAAAUAUCGUAUCUACAGAAUCUUAAUAAGAUACGUUAAGCUGAAAUAUUUUGAUGUAUUUUUUAUUAUGCUCGCCUAAUCAGAGAUUAAGUGUGUGUUGUGUGUCUAAAUUUAUAAAGUACAUAAGAAUCUUUUCAUCAAUCAUUGGUCACAUAUGAGAACAGCUCUAAUGUUCUCAUAUACUUUAUAUGUGAAUAUAUUGAUGUUACAUUGUGGCGGUAAUAAGCAAUUUUCGUUUAAAUAAAUAAGUAAUAUUUAUACAUACUAUCGCUAUUUCAUCACAUUGAUUUCUUAUCGCAAAUCGAAUAGGAUCUAUGUGUAACGAUAGAAACGAAAAUUGCGAGAACUUGCGAAAACUAUCGACACUUUUGUAUUUAUAAAUAAACUUAAAAUUAAAAUUGUGUGUA